GACAAUACUGGGGGCUGUUGCUUCUGAUCCGGAUUUAACUCAGGAAACAUUGGUCAGAGCCGGUAUUCCUGUGCGAUAGGCGGAGCUGCCAUCCAUGGACAGCUAUAUCCCGGGAAGACCGCCUUACACGUUUACAACAUUCCAGAGAAAAAAAAUCUAAGGGAGGGGGCUGGAGAUGUAUGAGGCGAAUUAGACGAAGCUCAGUUCGUCACAGAGAAGACAUCCCUUAAAAUCUACAUCAGCCCCAGCUUGGUCGCUUUCACAAUGAGUAAGCCGAUGCUCCCCGGUGUGUGCCUCUUGUUCGCGCUGGUUGUCUGUGAGCCUGGACCCCUGUCUGAUGUCCUCGUUGACAGAUACUUCAUCCCCUCGGAGUGUUCCCGGGAGGUACAGAGCGGCGAUUUCAUCCGUUAUCAUUACAAUGGCACCUUCGCAGAUGGGAAGAAGUUCGACUCCAGCUAUGACCACAGUAACACCUUCAAUGUCCAAGUGGGAAAGGGUCGCCUGAUCCCAGGAAUGGAUAAAGCACUUCUAGGAAUGUGUGUGAAUGAAAGGCGUCGUAUUGUCAUUCCCCCUCAUCUUGGCUAUGGCAGCCAGGGAGUCGACAAUGUCAUCCCCCCUGAUACUACGCUCUACUUUGAUGUUAUUCUUCAUGAUAUCUGGAACCAUAAUGACAAGGUGCAAACAAAGACUGUGUACAGACCGGUGGCUUGUAACCGUGCAGUGCAGAACACUGACUACAUCCGAUAUCACUACAAUGGCACUCUGCUCAACGGGACACUCUUCGAUUCCAGCCAUAAUCGCAUGAGGACUUAUGACACCUAUGUGGGCAUCGGCUGGUUAAUCAAAGGGAUGGAUGAAGGUCUCCUAGGGAUGUGUGUAGGAGAGAGGAGAAUCAUCAUCAUCCCUCCGUUCCUGGCAUACGGAGAGACUGGAUAUGGUAGUGACAUCCCCCCUCAGGCCAGCUUGGUGUUUGAUACGCUGCUGCUGGAUCUGCACAACCAGAAUGAUACAGUCUCAAUAGAGAAGCUGGUUGUCCCGGAGCACUGCACCCGACAGAUCGCGUCUGGAGACUUCAUCCGCUAUCACUACAAUGGCAGCCUGUUGGAUGGAACCUUCUUUGACUCUAGUUACUCACGGAAUAAUACAUAUGACACUUAUAUCGGGAUGGGUUACGUCAUUGCUGGGAUAGACCAAGGUUUACUGGGAGCAUGUUUGGGAGAGAAACGGCGUGUUAUUAUUCCACCACACCUGGCCUACGGAGAGAAUGGCAUCGCUGAUAAGAUUCCAGCCUCUGCUGUCCUAGUCUUUGAUGUUCACAUCAUUGACUUCCACAACCCAAAAGACAAAGUGCAAAUCCAAACCUACUCCAAGCCAGAUGCCUGUAAUGAGACAUCCCAGAUAAAUGACUAUGUGACCUAUCACUACACUGCUUCUCUCAUGGAUGGUACCCAGCUUUACACCUCUCAUGAUUAUGACACUCCUCCGACUUUAGUCCUGGGCUCCUCAAAAACGAUUGAAGGAUUGAAUCAAGGCUUGCUUGGAAUGUGCAUUGGAGAGAAACGGAUUUUGACAAUCCCACCACAUCUUGGUCAUGGAGAGAAGGGAGCUGGAGAUGUGCCAGGCAGUGCUGUGCUGCUGUUUGAUGUUGAACUGCUUAGCAUGAAGCCAGGGGUUCCAGAGGGUUACCUGUUCAUCUGGAAUGAUAAAGCGCCAGCCAAACUUCAUGAGGAGCUUGACCGCAACCAGGAUGGGGAGAUCUUAUUUGAAGAGUUUUCUAGUUACAUCAUGGCACAGGUCAAUCAAGGCAAGGGCCGUCUCUCACCGGCCGAUGAUCCCGACAAGCUGAUAAAGGACAUGUUUGGAAAUCAAGACCGGAACCACGAUGGGAAAAUCACUCCAGAUGAGCUCAAGCUGAAAACCGAUGAGGACAAUGAACGAAUUGUGAAGGAUGAGCUCUGAAUAUUUUACAGAAAAAGCUUUCCAAAGGUUCCCAAAGCAGGCACCCUAUAAACAUGGCAUUGGAAGAAAACAUUUUCAACUCUGUUCUGUUAAAUAGUUCACUUUAAUGACCCCAAUUGAAUUUUUCCUCAUCUCUCUUGCCUGCUUUUUGUUCUGAUUUUCCCCUUUCAGGGUUGUUCCUUCUAGAUGGUGGGAUAGAGAUGGAUGAUCCUAGGAUCGACUCUCCUGCUAUCUGUGUUCGGACUGUGGCCAUUGCUCACUGACACUCAAACCUCAGUUAAUUUUUCCAGUUGGGCAUGAGAAUAAGUUCAGGAAGUGGAAAAUUUUGAAUGAACAGAUCUGGCAGCCCAAUGUAAACCUAUGUGUUUCCCAAUUGGAAAUGUACCACAAACUCUUCACCGAGAACUUUUGAGUUUUUUGUGUAAUCUGAAACAGAGGGACUUGAAUAUUUCUCCUCCUUUCAUUUCACUUUUGUCUUUCCUUUCCCUGCCUUCCCAUUUACUGAGGUCAGCUGUGGCUCUUGAAUGCUACCUCAGCAAAUACACAACUGCUCAAGUUCAGGGAAUGAGCCACAUUGGAUGGGGGAGGAUGCAUUUAAACGCUUUGGGAGAACUGCCCUCUCUGCCCAGGACAUACAGUCUGCCUGAAGUCUCCUGUCCUGGCUGAGUUCAGUACCUUCUGAGAGCUGUGUUUAUUGGAUGGGGAUGGUUACUCAAGGCCAGUCUUGUUUUAUACCCAUUCUUGACUUCAGUUCUUAUUAAGCUCCAGCUUGAGUUUCUUGUGUUCAGGAUAUUUCACAUACAUUUUCCUAUUGGGUUUUUUUGCAUUGAGUGGAUUUUGUGCAGAGUAUCUUGAGUGCAGCUGUCUCCCUGAGCUCUUCUAGUUUGGAGCGAGAGCUUGAGGGGUUUGCCUUGAUGUUUGGUGCUGUAUAUUUAGGAUGUUUAAGUGUGGAAGAGAAUUCCCAUGUUGUUUAAGAAAGGGUAAAUAAAUUUUUUUCUUUUA